AUGAAAACAAAUUUUGAUUUCAGAACAAGAAAUCAGCUAACUGAAAAUGUAAGACGAAUGAGAGAAAUUCAGCGAAGAUGUAAACAGAGAGAAGCAGAAAAACAAGAAUGUGUAAAAGCAUUGUGGAAGUCACAGAAGUACAGCACAGUAGAAUCUAAGAUCAAACAGGAAGUUCUGAACCCACAGACACCUAGACCAAGUUCAGCAAAUUUCUUGAGAGCUCACUCUCGUGCUGGGCCUCCAGUAAAGCUUCAGUCACGACCUUGCACUCCUGAUGUCUCACAUAAAACCACAGUUCCACCAGCAUCCAUAGCAAAUGAUGUGAAACUGAUCCGACAUGAUUUUGAUUUCAUCAAAGUAAAUGGUGUUAAUGCUAAGAAGGCUACACUUCCAAGACCACAGUCACUAACAUCUCUUGAUAAUUUCAAGAAGCGGCAGGAAGAAUUAUUGAGUCACCAUGAAAUGGGAAAAGUUCCUGGCUAUCUGAACAAGCGCAAGCAAGAAUGGCAGAAAAAUGAGGAAGACCGAGUAGCAAACACACCUGAUCCUUCAAUGCCUGUUGGUCAUCGACAGCUUCCAGAGAAUGAGAGAAAGGACACUCUUGAUUUGCUACUUAAAAAACAAGAUGAAGUUAUUCGUCAAAUGCAACGUCUUCCUAUUGGUGCUGAUACAGUCAGAGUCAAGCAAGAGAGGCAGUCUUUGGAGAAACAGUUAGUUGAAGUAGAGGAAGCCAUUAAAAUCUUUUCACGCCCUAAAGUUUUUGUUUGUAUUGAGACUUAA